UUUCCAACCAGACAUUCAUCAGUGAGUUUCAAUAGGGUCAAGGACGAGCCUAAUUAUUUUGGAAGAAGUGCUGCUAAUGGAGGUGGGAUGUUUUCUUCAUCAAUAUCAGGAGAUUGGAAACUGCCUUUUGCUACUGGCUGCCAGAAGGUCGAAACUGAUAGCGAUGAUGACGAUGAUGUCUACGAAUAUGAAGGACCGAGUUCACAUACGACCUUUCAUUCGGCAAUGCCGUCCAGGAAUUCAGUUGAUGGUACUGAAGGUUUUAAUGGAUUUGGCACACAAAGCCAUCCAAAUGCAGAAAGUAGACCUUCUGGUCGUGAUGAAAGAUCUAUAUAUGAAGAAGCCCUACAGCACAUCAGCCAGGAAACAAAGGAAGAAGAUCUGCCUGAAGGUGUUAUGUCAGUAUCACUCCUUAAGCACCAGAAAAUAGCAUUAGCUUGGAUGCUCUCCAAGGAGAAUAGUUCACAUUGUCCAGGUGGAAUUUUAGCAGAUGAUCAGGGGCUUGGGAAGACAAUAUCCACUAUUGCACUUAUACAAAAGGAGAGGGCUCAGCAGUCUAACUUCAUGUCUGCUGAUUCCGACCGUAAAAGUUCUGUGUCAUUAGACCUUGAUGAGGAUGACACAAUGGUGAUAAUGAACAAGAAGGAAAUCAAGGGUGAACCCUCGGCCUCCAAUCUUGAGCUCUGUGCUGGUCGGUCAGGGACUCCUGUUAAUACAAUGGUCAAUGCUCUUAAAGUUGAGCCCAAGAAGAAGACCAGAGUGAAAUUACCAUCCUCUGCAUCAACCUUGAGGUCUGCUACAAAACCAUCUGCAGGAACACUGGUGGUCUGCCCAACUAGUAUUCUUAAGCAGUGGGCUAGUGAGAUCUCUGCCAAGGCUACUGAAAGUUCCAAAUUAUCUGUUUUGGUUUAUCAUGGAGGUUCAAGGACUAAAGAUCCAACUGAGUUGGCAAAAUAUGAUGUUGUCAUUACCACAUAUACUAUUGUAUGCCAUGAAGUGCCCAAGCAAGACUCUGAUGGUGAUAUGGACCAAAAGAACAGUGAGAAGUAUGGGAUUUGUCCAGAUUUUGCUGCUGGCAACAAAACAAAACUGCCAAAAGAGACCAAGAAAAAGGCAAAUAAGAAAAAGAAACUUAACAGUUCAGACGCUGACAUCGAGGGUGGCCCACUUGCCAGGGUAAGAUGGUUUAGAGUUGUGCUUGAUGAAGCUCAAACAAUAAAAAAUCACCGGACUAAAUCAGCUAGAGCCUGUUGUGGACUGAGAGCAAAAAGGAGAUGGUGCUUAUCAGGUACACCUAUGCAAAAUACAAUCGACGAUCUCUAUAGUUAUUUCCGCUUUUUGAAGUAUGAGCCGUAUUCUGUAUACGGAUCGUUCCAGUCGAUGAUAAAGAACCCAAUUUCUAAAGGUUCAAAGCAGGGAUAUAAGAAACUCCAAACUGUCUUGAAGAUAGUUCUGCUGCGGCGCACAAAAGAAACACUACUUGAUGGAGAACCAAUCACAAAAAUACCUCCAAAGACAAUUGAGCUGAAGAAAAUAAAUUUCACACAAGAGGAGCGAUAUUUCUAUUUGGCACUUGAAGAAGGUUUGCAGCAAAAGUUCAAGAAAUUUGCUGCUGCUGGGACGAUAAAACAAAACUACGCAAACAUUCUUGUAUUGCUGCUGCGGCUUCGGCAGGCUUGUGAUCACCCUUAUCUUCUGAAGGAUGAUAAUCAUGCAAAUUUGACCAACCCGGCUUCCAUAGAAAUGGCAAAACAGCUUCCUAGGGAAAUAGUGAUAAAUUUGCUGGAACAUUUGGAAGUACGGCAUCCAACUUGUUGCAUAUGCGUGGAGCCACCUGAAAAUUCUGUUAUAACAACAUGCUGCCAUAAUUUCUGCUAUGAAUGUGUACUUGAAAGCUUGAGUGAAGAAGAAGUCUGCCCCGUUUGCAAACAGAAAUUAAGUGCUGAAUUCGUUUUUUCACGUCCAGUAUUAAGGCUCUGUCUCUCUGAUGAAUCAUCCGCAGCAGCAGAUGAGUCGUCCUCAAUUUUUGAAAAGAGUUACAUAUCCUCAAAGGUCCAGGCCACCGUCGACACACUUAACUUAAUCUUCAACACACCUGCCCUUACUGAUAGUGAUUCUAUUGAACCAAGUCCUAGCAAAGUAGCUGCUUCUAAGGCAAUAGUCUUCUCCCAGUGGACUGGUAUGCUGGACGUGUUGGAGCUUUCACUGAAUAGCAAUCUUAUAAACUUCCGGAGGCUUGAUGGGUCAAUGUCCCUCGAUGUCCGAGGAGCAGCAGUGGAGGAGUUUAAGACUGACCCAGAGGUAAGAGUAAUGCUCAUGACCCUGCAGGCUGGUAAUCUUGGUCUAAACAUGAUAGCGGCUUGCCAUGUGAUUAUGCUUGAUCCCUGGUGGAACCCUUAUGCUGAGGACCAGGCAAUUGACAGAGCUCACAGAAUUGGUCAGACCCAGUCUGUGACUGUCACUCGUUUUACCGUUAAUGACACAGUGGAAGAUCGCAUUUUAGCCCUCCAGGUAAUAUUUUGGCUGAACAUAUUAAAUUGGUAUAUUGACAGUUUCGAGAAAAUGGUUGGUUCCACGUGUAGUUCAUAGCAUAUAUGGUUUAUUAGUCAUAAGGAACCAUGCCCCUUCUCACUUUCAGUUAGUUUUCUGUUCUUAUUUAUUGGGAAGAAUGUGUCACCACCCCUUCUAUAAGAAGAUGAAUUAAUGAUGAGUGUAGA